ACUUCACCUGUUAUAUAUAUACAUUGAUCGGAUCAAUGUAUAAAGUGGAAUCGCACAAAAUAUUUUUUUAAAAAUGUUUCGUUUCAUUUUGAUCGUAUUUGCGGUUUGUUUUUUAAAGGAUAUUGAUGCAGCCUGCCUCGCUAGCUACAGAGAACCCUGCACUUUCCAGUCUACAUGUCCGUGCGCUUUCGCUGAAUCUGUAAGCGGCGUAAUCAGCUGCCCAAGCGCUUGUUCCGCUACUUCUAAUCAGCUGUGUAAUUGCGGACUACCUGCUUGUAGCUGCUUCAAGGACACGGCGAAAGUUUGUGAUACAUGCCAUGCAAAAAAGUCACCAAUGUGCUCGUGUUUGGCUAAUCUUGAUGUAGGAUGCGACUGCGACGCGAAGAAAUCUUUCAUUUACUUCCCGGAGGUCGAAUAUCCAUUGUCCUUGAUAGAAAUGAACCCUUUGUUCUUUAAUACGUGUUGGUUUCCUUAAUUAUUAAUGGCUAUAAUCAUUGUUUAAUUAUCCAAUAAAGAUAUUUCGUUA